GACAACAAGGUGGAACAGCUCAUAUGACAUGGUCGAGAGGUUCCUAGAACAGCAACCUGCAAUCUGUGCCACAUUGUUGUCUCCAGAAGUCAGAAAAAGUGAGUCAGAUCUCUGCACUCUCAACGAAACAGAUGUAUCAAAUGCAGAGGAUGCUGUGAGUGCAUUAAAGCCAAUGAAAGAUGCAACCACACUGAUGUCAGAAGAGCGCAAUCCAACUGUUUCUCUCAUUGCCCCUCUAAAUGCACAACUGCUCCAGAACAUGACAGACACCAUGGGAGACACACCCAUGAUCCAUGAGAUCAAGAAUGCCAUCAAAACAGAUCUCCUGAAGAGGUACAGCAGUGAGGCAGAGAAGAAGAUACUUUAUACAGCCUCUGCCCUGGAUCCUCGUUUUAAGGGACUGCCUUUUAUUCUCACAGAGGAGGAGAGAUUGGAGAUAUACAGAGGAGUGACUGAGGAGGCUGCAUCCUUGGAGAUUGAGUGUACUAGUACAGUUACAUCUAGGAGGACAAACGUGGAUGAAGUGCCACUGCCUGAGGGAAAAGAAACUCUGGAAGAAGAAUCACCCAUCGAGGAGGAUAACCCUUCUCCUCCCAAAAGAAAGUCCACAUCGCUGCUCAUGACUUUGCUGGGACAGUCUUUCACUGACACUGAAGGUACAAUAGAACCCAAGACCCCCUAUGCCAAGGCUGAAGAGGAAAUAGAGAAAUAUUGUAAAGCCCCAUCUCUGCCUCUCACUGAAGACCCUUUGAACUGGUGGCAUGUACAUGAGGUCAUAUUUCCCCUCCUCUCUCAUUUGUCAAAGCGAUACUUGUGUAUCCCAGGUACAAGCGUGUCUGCAGAGCGGGUUUUCUCCACUGCAGGAGAUGUGGUAACGGCAAAAAGAAGCACCCUCAAACCAGAAUGA